CCGCGGCCAGCGCCCGCAGGAAGAGAGAGAUCUGAGCAGGAGAGUCGAGUCCUCGGAAUAAAUCACCGCCAAAACCCAACCCGAAGCGCACAACAGAAACACACAGAACGGAGGCCGACGCCGCGAGAGAGGGACACAGAUCCGUCUCGCCGACCGAUCGCGCACGCGCCCGGAUCGAUCUCGCUCGUCCCGUUGCCGCCGCGCUCGGAGCGGCGAGGGGUCGACGGCGGAGGAGAGGUGCUGCCCGGAUCCGCGGCCUGAGUUGAUCGGGGCGUGAUCCGCGGUUGUGCGGCAAUGACGGCCGAGGGGACGGCGCGCGGCGGCGCCGGCGAGGCGCCGAAGGCGGAAUUGGCGGCGGCCAAGGCGGUCUCCCCGACGGGGGAGGAGCGCGAGGGGGUGGGCGGCCCCUUCGUGAUCGUCAACGGCGACUCCGACGGCCACUCGGACCCCGGCUCGGACACGGGCGCCGGGGCCGAGUCGGAUUCCCGCCCGGAGGAGGAGGAUCUGCCCCGGGCCAAUGCAGCCCCGGCUGCUGACGCGGGCGGAGAUUACCCCACCGCCGGUGGGGAAUUGGCCGCUCCGGACGGCGCCGUCGGCCUCCCAUCUUCCAACGGGCAUGCUAGCCCCGCUCCGGCGGAGUCUGAGGUUGAUGGUGUGGGCGAAGUAGAAGGUGAGGGAAGCCACAAUUCUGAAGCUGGACCGGGGGACCAGGGCACUGCUGCCGCUGGAGAGCUUGAUGGUCAAGAUGCAGCAACAGAACUUAAGAUUGACCAUGCUGACGCUGCUGAUGAUUCUGCUCCACAUGCCGUGGAAUCUGUGCUUAAUGUCAACGAUGGAGAAAGUGAAAAAAGUGCUGCCACUGAGGUUGUUGCUCCUGAAGAACAGCAGGAUGGAGAGAAGAAUGCUCCAGCAGAGUCCAGUGGUUCAGAUAAGCCCCCCACACAGGCUGAGUCUGGUUCCAUUGUCUUGGAGUCUGAGGGCAGUGGCGAGCAGAGCAAAGGAGAAGAGAUUGCUGCUGAGAUCAUGGAGUCAGGUACAGAUGGAUCAGGUGUCUCGGGGGUGACUGGACAGCAUGAUGCUGACACAAGUGUGACUGCUACUGAUCCUGUGAUUAACGUCGAUGAGGGCAAACAUGAGCAUGCUGCAGUCACAGAGCUGGUGGAGCAGGAUGGGAGCAACGGGCAUGACCAUGUUGAGCAGAUUGCUGAUUCUGGCACAUCUGCUCCUGAGAUAGAAGCUGAUGGGAGCAAAGGGCAGCAAAUAGAAGCACUGACUACUGAGCCUGAAGUAUUGGAUGGAGGCGAUUGUGAAGCGACUUCUAAGGGACCUUCAGAAGAGGAAGUUGUUGCAAACGGGCCUGGCUGUGCCAAGGACACUUCUCAGCCUGAAGUAUUGGAUGGAGGCGAUUGUGAAGCGACUUCUAAGGGACCUUCAGAAGAGGAAGUUGUUGCAAACGGGCUUGGCUGUGCCAAGGACACUGCUGACACUUCUUUGGAGCUUGAGGGAGAGAGCGAAGUUGCCUCUGUUGUGGUUGAAGUGGAGGGCGUAGUAGUAAAGGAUGGUGAGGGGGAUUUGCAUGAUGGUCAUACGGUUGUUGUCCCCUCAUCUGACGAGGAAGCAAAACCUCCCGCAAAGGAGGGUACAAAUGAGGCCAUUCCUGCUGAAGUUGUGAAGGAGGGAAUAAGUGAACAAAUUGUGCAAGAUAAUGAAUCCGUUAAGGUUGAUGUCUCUUCUGUCACACAUCAGUCAGUAAAUUCAGAAGCUCCAGUUGUUGAACCUAAGGGGGAUCACAUACUCCAGGUAGAAGAUGCUGCAGGUGAUGGAAACACUGCAGUUUCUGAUGUGAAGGUUGUCAUGUUGGAAAUGAACGCAGCAGAUAGCGUGCAAACACCGGAUCUCAAGUCGGCAUCUGAAGACAGGAGUGUACCAUUGCAUGCGAAUUCGUCCGACCAAGUUGAGGAGGAGGUAAACAAAGAAGUUUCCCCUGAGGACGCACAUUUAGCCCAGAAUGAAUAUUCUUCUGUACAGACUGGAAAACAUGAGCAGUUGGAAUUACCUGGCACUGGUGCAGCUGCAGCUGAUAAAAGUGACAAUGCUGUGGUAGAGGCAGAACCAGGUAAAGAGAUGGAGGUUGUUGAAGACGUUGCGUUGCAUGCGGCUGCAGCAUCUACUUUCCAUAAUGAGCCAAGGUCCAUUGAUUUCAUUGAUAACAAUUACGUAAAACCGGAUACUGAGUUGGAAAGUUGUGAUCAUGUACAAGCAGAGGAGUGUAAUUCUGAUGAAAUAUCUAGCACCGCUGUCGAUGAAGUUAUAUCUGGUGUUUCCACGGAACAUGGAACUGCUGUGACAGAUGACGCUGAACUCAGAUAUGAUACAGGAGGUGCAUCUCUUAGCGAAACUGCUGUUGAUCAAGGUGAAGCUGUUGCAUUGACUGAUAAUAAAGCUUCUGUUGUAGAUGAAGUUAAACCCUCUUCUGCCCCAGGAAGUGAAUCUGAUGUGGCUCCUGAAGCUGGUGAUGUUUCGCAAAUAGGCGAAUCACGUGAUUUGGUUACAGAUUGCCAAUCUAAUAAUGACCAGCCGGACAUUCUUGACACAUCAACUACGCGUGAAGAGCUAGUUUCUCUGACUGAAUAUCCUUGCCUGCCAGUUGUUACAUUGGAAUCUGGAGUUAAGGCUCCUCAUACGGACAAGGCAACCGCCACGUCAGAUGAGACAUCCAAAGAUACUGAAAAUAUAAAUGCAUGCAAUAUAUCUUCUACUGAGGUUGAAACCAAAUCUUUGGAAGUAGUGGAACCUUCAUCUGUUGACGGGGUAGUUCCAGUGGAACAUGAGAAUGAUGAUGAACAUGAACACAAAGGCAAGGAGAAGAUUGCUGAGGACUCCAGUGAGUCGCCUGUUGAACAGCCUGUUGAUCUUGAGAGUGACAAGGGAAAUAUACAACUCAUGAGGCCACACAAGUUCUUCAUCGUAAAGGUUCCUAAACUUGCGGGCGAUGAUGUCUGGGCAAAGGUACAAGAUGCUCAAGUUCAUCUGGAUCGCCUGACUCAGGAAAGAGAUGCAAUUAAUGCUCGCAAGAAAAAGCAAAAGGCUGCCUUUGAUGAGUAUCGGGAAAAGUUAGAGGCAGCACGGAAAGAAGAGACUGAAGCGAGAGCUGCACAUGCUGGCAAGAGGAAUGUUCUUGAUGGUGUACGGUCAACUAUUGGGAAGUUGAAUCAAGCAACUUCAGUUGAAGAAAUUGAUGAGUUGAUCGUGAGGAAACAGAGGACUAUGGAACAUGAAACAAUUUCUUUGAAAGAAGAGAAGCUAUUCAUUAAAGAGAUUAAUGAUCUGAAAGCCCAAAGGAAGCAAGCGUGCUCCAAUAUGGGCUCAGAGGCUGAAAUGAGUGAAGCAUUCCAUCAAAAGGAUCACAUUCAUGAGCAACAUAAGACUUUGAAGAAGGAAGCAGAUUUACUUUUCAAAAAUCUGAAGUCCCUUGAGGAGAACAGAAAAAAGAUUCAAAAGUCUUUCGAGGAUGAAAGAGCUGCUCUCAGAAAGUUAAAUGAUGACUUGUAUGCUGCCAAUGAACUACGUCAACAGGCCUAUGAGAAGUGGGUUGAGCUGAGAGGGGAACCGGGCAAGAAGAACAAGUACUUCUUCAUGUACAAGAAGGACCGCGAUGCUGUGGGCAAGCUCUUAUCAAGUGGUGACAUUGAUGGACUUCAGUCAUAUUGUAAUAAUCAGGUUGAGGGUUUUAUGGAGAUGUGGAACAAAGAUGAUGACUUCCGCAGGCUGUAUGUUGAAGCAAACCAGAUUAGCACUCUGAGGAGAUUAGCUACCCAUGAUGGAAGAUCACUUGGUCCUGAUGAGGAGCCUCCCGUCAUUCCCAGUAACAAUUACAGUAGAAGACCCAACAAUCCAUCUCAACUCACUGUUUCAAGCCCAAACGUUCCCAUUACAACUAAAGAAGCAGCACCUGAAAAGUCUACUGCAGUUGUUGUCCCUGUAGAAGAGGAUUCCUUUCCUGUUUUACCACCAACCCAGACCCAUAAGCAGGCCAAACCAAAGGCAGCUGGUAGUGGUUCAUCCCAGAAAGAAAUAACCCCAGCUCCAGCUCCAGCUCCAGAAGUGGUAGAUGUAAAACAGAUUGAAAAGGAAAAGGCUCGUCUGGCGGAGGAGAUGGAGUUAGCAAGGAAGGCGGAGGAGUUGGCACGCAAGGAGGAGGAAUUAAGAGAGCAGAGGGCUGCAGCUGAAAAGGAACAACUCCGCUUGGAGCAAAUAGCCAAAGCUAAGGAAGCUGAGGAAAGAAAGAAAAAGAAGGCAGAGAAGGCUCAGGAAAGGGCGGAGUUCAAAGCGCGCAAGGAAGCUGAGAUGAAGGAAAAGAAGAAAGCAAAGAAGUCUAAAAAGGUUGGCACCGCACCAGCAGACUUAGCAAGUGUCCAGAGCAACCCUGCACCUAUAGCUACAACAGACGCUGAAAGCAACACACCUGACAAUACUAGGGAUGUUGAUGUUCCUCAACAACCCCCAAGGAGGCCCGGUAAACCAGCAGUGAGGCAGCUGCAGCCCAUGCCCGCACCCCUGCGUAACAAGUUCAAAAGGAGAACGCGGCAGUACAUCUUCAUCGGAGUCGCAGUUGCCCUAGCUGUCGUCGCGUUGAUCCUGGCCGGCAGAACCUUAGACCUCCCUGGUUUAAGUUCUCUUCGCUUCUGAAUUAGUUAGUACUACCCCCUAUGGAUGGCGAGGCGUUGUGCGCACAUAUUCUUCAUCCACAGCCGUAGGGAGGUGGAGGUGUCUUCUGAUACAGGCCGGCAUAGUUGUUUUGCGGGAAACUUGGGUGCUCUGGCUAGACAUGGCUUAUUUUUUCUGUUUGAACCUUGGAUGUUGUUUUACUGUACCUAUUUACCUCAUAGAUCGUGUUGUGAGUGCAUUGUGGUAGACUUAUCAGAUGGUGGCGACAUAUAUUCGUUAAAGUGAACAUAUAAUAAUUAUAUAGAUUUAUUUUGGACA